AUGCUCAGGCUUUUAAAGGACCACGGGUUGAAUUCGAGAGGGGAGGAGAUUAAUCAGGCCGGAGGCGCAUGCUCGGGGAAUGAUGCCGGGGCUGAUGGAGCAGGUUCGGGGGAAGAGGGCCCUGCUGGUGGUGGUGCUGGUGAAGGUUUGGCCCGAGGCGGGGACUCAGGCUCGGGGCGUGUUCCUUGGAACGAGGUUCCGUUUGAUAUCCGGAUUCGGUACGAGAUUUCUGUGGUCAAACGUGCACGGCCGAACCUAGACAAUAGGGUGAUUGCUGCAGCGAUUACAGUUAAGUACGGAACGGGGAUGAACUUUAGGACGCUUGACAGAAUAAGUACGUUUUACGACAAGUGGUUCGGGAUUGUUACCGCAGCGGUGCCAGAUCCGAACCUGUUACGAAUGGAGGAGGCUUUGGCUGAGUGGGUGAUUAAAGAGGAGGAGAGGGAGAAGAGGGAGGUGACUCGAGAGGAGAUUAUAGCGAAGGCUAAGGAGAUAGGGCCGGGGUUUAAGAUGCGGCCGGGUUUCAGGUUUGGCAGGUCGUGGGCGACGAGGUUUAUGAAGAGGUUUGGGCUGCUGCUGUCGUCGGGGACUAGUAACGAGGAUGCUGAUAACGGGGAUGAGAGAGGUGAGGGAGGAGAGGGAGGAGGGAGAAGAGAGGGAGAGGAGGGAGAGGAGGGAGGAGUGGGAGAGGAUGGGAUGGAGAAAGGAGGCAAAGAGGAGGGAUGGGAGGAGGAGUGGGAUGGUGGGUUGAUCAGUUUUGUGAACAUGCAGAUUCGGACUGCUGAACAUGCUGCCUGGCAGGUGUUGCAUGGAACGACAGGGGCAAGACGAGGUACAGCAGCGGGACGCUCAAUAUCGAGGACAGGGAUGGGAGGGGUAGGAGGGGAAGGAGGUGAAGGAGUGGGAGAAAGCGUUGUGAGAAUCCCUGAACCUGAUCGUGGAGCCGCAGCCGCAGCAGGAAUGAGGAAGAGAGGAAGCAAGCGGGUUAGGUGGGAAGAUGAUGGUGGUGGUGAUGGUGGUGGCGAUGGUGGUGGUGAUGGUGGUGCCAAUGAUGGUGGUGGUGUGAAAAAACGAAGGCUUGAACAAGCCACUUCCGCCACAGAGGCUGCUGCUGUCCAGGCCAUAGUGGGCACAUGCACUGCCUCCCCAGCCACAGGUGCAGCCCCUCCGGCCAGGGGAGCACUCCCACCAGCCACAGGUGCAGCCCCCAGCUUACCCGCCGGCGUGUCUUCCCCCGUGCCCAUUGUCAUCGCCCUUGCUGCUCCCAGUGACCCCAAUGCCCCCACCGCCCGCCACACCACCACCCUCCUCCACCUCCCCUCCCAAGCCGCCCCGGCUUCCCGAACCACAGACCCUUUGCACUCCUUUCAGGGCGGCCUAGCCGCCCAAGCCACCCGAGCCGCCCAAGCCGGCCAGACCACGCCUCCCCCACAUGCCUCCAAAACGCCGCCCAAAGAGGGGAAGAAUCGGCGGUCCCGCCAUUCCGUGCUGACGCCGGGGCAAAGGCGAGCCGUCUGCCUCGUGCAACGGGCGCUGCCGAACCUGCGCCAAGCCUACCUCGCCAGGGCUGCGCUGCCGGCUUGGGGCGUGCAGGUGCACAGUGCAACGAUAUCGUACAUAGUCAGGGAUAGGUGGUGGUGGAUGACCAUUCCCCGGGGGAAAGAGCCGGAGAUGGGGAGAGUGCCUGGGAAGGCGUGGAAGAACAUGGGGAAGAAGAAGAAGAGGAAGAGGAGGAAGAAGAAACGGGUGGUUGGAUCGGGGGUGGGGAGGUGGUCUAGGUUAGAAGAGGCGAUGGGGCGGUGGUUUGAGGAGAUGGGGGCGGAGGAGCUAAUUUGUCGGGGGAGGAUCAGAGAGCGGAGGCUGGUGAUGGAGGAGGAGGGGGAUGGGGGGAAGGAUGGGGGGAGGGAUGGGGGGAAGGAUGGGGGGAGGAGUGGGGCUCCUCAGAAGGGCACCUUUCCAGUUUUUCUGACAUUGGAAAUGGUAUCUGACAUGGGGAGGAAGCUUGGGCCUGCUUUAGGCGUUUCGAGUAACUUCAGGUACGGAAUUGGGUGGGCAGAAGCGGUGGUGGCGCGAUAUAGGGUGAAGAAGACCGGGGUGGUUGGGGAAAUUGCGGGAGAGGGGGGUGCGGGAGUAGGGGGAGAGGGGGCAGGGGAAGGGGAACUGAGGUGGGAGAAUGGGGAGGGAGGGGAGGAGGAGAGGGGGGAGGGGAAUGAGGAAGCGGAGGAGGAGGAGGAAGAGUCAGAUGGUGAGGAUGAUGAUGGAAGCGAUGAGGAAGAGGGGGAGGGGGAAGAGGGGGGCGAGCAGGAGGGAAACGAGGAAGGGGGGAACGAGGGGGAACGUUGGGAUCCGGUUGUGUUGCAGAGGCGUUUCGAGGAGUCCCAAAACGCAGCUGCAUACAGCAGCAGAGAAGAGGACCCUGGGCUUGUCGGGAGAAGCCCGUUCUCCCUCGCUUCGCCUCUCAUGCAAUGCAUGCCCCUCUCUGCAGUGCCCCUGCGGCAGCAACAACAACUGAGGUACUCGCAGCAGCAGCAGCAGAAGCAGCAGCUGCUGCAGGCACAGCAGCAGCAGCAGCAGCAGCAGCAGCAGCAGCAGCAGCAGCAGCAGCAGCAGCAGCAGCAGCAGCAGCAGCAGCAGCAGCAGCAGCAGCAGCAGCAGCAGCAGCAGCAGCAGCAGCAGCAGCAGCAGCAGCAGCAGCAGCAGCAGCAGCAGCAGCAGCAGCAGCAGCAGCAGCAGCAGCAGCCAGUCAAUAGGGCAAAAGAAUUAGGCCCGACCCUGGAUGCCCCCUCUGACUUUGAAUACACAGAGGAGUGGGUGCUGGGGGUUCUAGAGCGGUACAAGUCAAAGGCAGGGGGAGUGGGGACUGAAGGUGAUGGUGCAGGAGGAGCCGAGCAGGAGAAGGGACAAGGGAGGAAUCAGCAGAGAGGAAGGAAUGCGCCCAACAAACCUCUUAACGAGCAGCAAUCAGCACCUAAGCCCUCAUACGACCGGCAAUCAGACCCGUACGAUUUGGAGAAGUGGGCGGAUGAUACGCAUGUGAAAUCGCUUAUGCAGUCACUCUAUGGGCCGAAAUGGCUCCGUAAGUAUGCGUACCUGCGCUCUGUCAAGAAGGCUUCUGCUGCUGCUGUUGCUGCUUCUGCUGCUGCUGCUGGUGCUGCUGGUGCUGCUGGUGGCGCUGGUGCUGCUAGUGCUUGUCGUGGUGAUGCUUACCUCGAACACACUGCAAGGCCGUCGGCCAAGCCCGCGCACACAGCUGGUGUUGCUGCUGCUGCUGGUGGUGCUGCUGCUGCAGGCAAUGCUGCCCCGCUGCUGCCAACACCCUGGGCCAGUAAAGCCAAACUCCGGGCGUUUCUGGAGCAGGAGGAGUUUCAGAAACAGCAGAGGUUUCACGGGCAGCAGAAGUUUCACGGGCAGCAGAGGUUUGACGGACAGCAGAAGUUUCACGGGCAGCAGGCCCCAUGGGGCAGCGACGAUGAUUCUUGGGCAGAAGAGCUUCCAGACAACCGCGCUGAUUCUCCUGACUCAGUUCACUCUGUUGACUCGCGGGAUGCUCUUGAAGCUCUUGACUCAUGUGACUUCCCUUCCUUGCCGCCUCAAAGCGCGCCUCCUCCUCCUCCUCCUCAGCACGCGUCUACGCAGCGCCAACGAGGGGUGUGGGGCAGGGAUGGGUCCUGGCCGGGUGCCUUUAACCGUACUUCUCCCAUGGCUGCUGUUAACGCCGCAACACAGCAGCAGAGGCAGGGGUUUUCGGGCAGGGAUGGUUCAUGGGCCGGUGCCCUGCAUGUGCCUCGUGCUGCUGGCUUCUCUGCCUCUCGUGCCACUGGUAAUCUUAGGCUUCGUGUUCCCCCUGGUUUCCCUGGCUCCUGUGCAGCUGACCCUCUUAACCCCCGUGCUCCUGGCUUCCCUGGCACACGCACCGCUGGCCCUUUUGCUCCUCGUGCUCCUGUCAUGGGUUCGGAGGAGUGGCAGCAGAGGCUGCAGGGGCAGCACAGGUCGACUCAAAAGUCAACUAUUUACUCGCGUGCUGCUGUCAUGGGCUCAGAGCAAUGGCAGCAGAGGCUGCAGAGACCAUUAGGCGGCGUUGGUUCUUGGGCAGGUGGUUUCACUGCCCCACCAUCCCUUGGUACCGGUCUCAACCGCUCUCCACCCAUGCCUGGACACGCUUUCCCUGGUUCCCAAGCAGCUGUUCUCACUCCCAAUGCGGGUCCUCCAGGCCCCACCACGCGUGCCAAGCGUUUGCCCAAGUGUGUGGCUCUUGAGGCGCCUCAAAAGCAGCCUGAAAAGCGGUCUAAGAAACGAAACGCUUCCUUUCACACUGCGUGGGCCAUGCUGGUUGGUGGGGGCGCUGUUGGGGAGAAGAAUGGUGACGGGGAGUUGGAGACGUCUAGAAACACUAUUCAGGUUGGUGGGGAUGGGGAUGGGGAUGUAGGAGGGGAGACGGAUGGUGUGGGGAGAGAAACAGGAGAACAGGCAGGAGGGGAUGUGGCUGAGAGGGACGGCAGUGAUGGGGAGAGGGACGGCAGUGACGGGGAGAGGGGCGGCGGUGACGGGGAGAUGGGCGGCAGUGACGAGGAGAUGGGCGGCAGUGACGGGGAGAUGGGCGGCGGUGACGGGGAGAUGGGCGGCGGUGACGGGGAGAUGGCCGGCGAUGACGGGGAGAGGGGCGGCAGUGACGGGGAGAUGGGCGGUGGUGACGGGGAGAUGGGCGGCAAUGACGGGGAGAGGGGCGGCAGUGGCGGCGAGAGGGGCGGCAGUGACGGGGAGAGGGGCGGCAGUGACGGGGAGAUGGGCGGCGGUGACGGGGAGAUGGGCGGCAGUGACGGGGAGAGGGGCGGCAGUGACGGGGAGAUGGGCGGCAGUGACGGGGAGAGGGGCGGCGGCGGUGACCCAGUCUUGAUGGCUCACUAUGGUGGGGAAAAUAAUGGAGACGAAGGGGAGAGGAGUGGUGGGGAAGGGGAGAAGGAUGGCAGGCGAGGGGAAAAUGAUAGCAGGGAAGGGGGUAAAGGCGGAACUAAGGGGGUAAAGGGCGGGAAUAGGAAUGGGGGAGUGCGGGAUGGUAAGGGGCGAAAGGCGGAGGGGCGAAAGGCGGAGGUGAUUGAGGUAUCGGUGAAGGAAGAGGAAUUGAGUGGCAGUGGUGGGAGUAGGAGUGAGAGUGAGAAUGAGAAGGAUUCUAGAGAUAUAGAGGUGAGAAGGAGAGUGAGAGGCAAGGAGAGGAAAGGAAAGAUGGGCGAUAGUGAGAGUGAGGAGGAUUCAGAUGAUGAGUUGAGAAGAGGGAGGAGAAGGGGUAGGAGACGAGGGAGGAGAAGAGGAAAGAGGAAAGGUAACAAGGGGGAGGGUGAAGAUGAGAGUGAGAGUGACGAGGAUUCAGAAGAAGUAGUGGAGGUGAAGGGAGGAGGGAAAGGAGGAAGGAGGAAGCGUAGGAAGGGCGAGAGUGAGAGUGAGAGCGAGAGUGAGAGUGAGAGUGAGGAUGAUUCAGAGGAUGUGGUGGAGGUGAAACGAAGAGGGGGGCUAGGGGGGAGGAGGAAAGACAGGAAGGGGAGGAAGAGGGAUUGGAGGAGCGGAGGGAAGAAGCGGCGGGAAGAGCGGGAGAGGGGGAGAUCAGGCCAGUUUCUGAGUGCGCUAAGUGCUAGUGGGGUUCUUAGCGCUGGUGGGAUGCUAAGAUCUGGUGGAACAUCAAAUGCUGGAGGAGGAAGAAACAAGGGUGCUGCUGGUACUGGUGCUUCUAAUGCAGUGGGUGAUCAGUUUGCCUCCCAAGUAGGCCAGUUUUUGCUGCAACAGCAGCAGCAGCAGCAGCAGCAGCAGCAGCAGCAGCAACAACAACCAUUGCAGCGGCAGGAACAACAACAGCAAUCCUUGCGGCGACAGCACCAGCAGCAGCAGCAGCAGCAGCAGCAGCAGAAUCGGCGAGUUCCUUCUGGUGUCCGAGCGUCUCUGGAGCAGACUUUUGGGUCGACUCAGGUGUUGCUGGAGCAGCAGCAUCAAAGAGGCGUUUCUGGUCCCUCUGGUAUCGGAGCAUCACUGGAGCAGCAGCUGAAGCAGCUUCAGCUGGAGCAGGCACAGCAGAGGCGGCAUGUGGUGCAGUUACAGGGGCAGCUGCGGGGGCUACGGAGGGAGGAAGAGCAAUUCAUGGCUCUAUAUCCGGAGGAGUAUGUACCGGCACGCAUGCACCAUUCCUAA